AUGCAGUUACAGCAAAAUAUCUACAAAAUACAAAAUUUGCUACUUGGCAACCGCCAAAACAACAAAAAAUUCGAAAUGUGAAUUCCUUUAAACUAUGAAGAAAAAUUCAAAACGAAAAAGUCUAAAGUUCAGAAUUGUUACUUUUAAAUUUGCCUCAUAAAUCGUUGCGCUUGCAACUUUUAUCCUUCCUUCCGAACACAUGUGCUAAAUGUGCUAAAGUGAAAAUUAUUUUGCAGUUUGCUUUUAACUACAAAACAAAAAUAAAACAAAAACAAAAAUAAAUAAAAAAAAAUAAAUUUUUUUUAACAAAAUUAAAUUGUAAAGAAAAGUGUUGAAAAGAAAAACAGUGAGAAUUCUAGGACCAACGUGUUGCACAAUCAACAAUAUAAACAAAAUUGCCCCUUAAUACCCUACACACUAAAACCACUUUGAAACUGCAGCGGAUAUUUCCGAUAAAAUUAAUUCUUCCAAGUUUCUUUUAUUUAUAAAUUUUUUCGUUAAAAUUUUUCUUCAGUAAGUCGGUAAAAACCUAUGGAUGACCCAUCAAUCACAAGAAGGUUGAUUGAUUUUGGUACUGAAGAGCAUGAAUAUGACGACGUGCAAGAUUUACCAGAAGAAUCAAGCAAUCAACAACAGCUGCUCAGUGAUAAUAACGAGACAACAAGUAGGCAACCAGCAACAACAGCAACAGCAAAUACUGAUGUACCGCCUGAAAUACCACCACCAAAACAAAAAUCAGUAAAAAAUUCUAAAGCAAAAAAUAAAUCCAAAUCUAAAUCUAAAAUACCAAGAUCACCGUCAUUAGCAAGUAGUCUAAGCAAUAGCAACAGUAAUAACAAUCUUAGUUACCAGCAACAGCAGCAACAACCAACGGUUUCAGUAAUACCACCACAAACGCCGCCUCUGCCAUUGAACUACCAAAAUAAAUCGAAACAUAUGAAUGGUAGUUCAACGCCAAUUGCACCCCUAGGCAAUAAUCUCAAUAGUUCAACACCAAUAACAGUGACGCCAAUUUCACAGCAAAGCAGCAGUAUAAGUCACAGCAACAGCAACAGCAACAACAAUUGCAAUAAUAUUAAUAACAAUAAUAAUGUUAAUAAUAGUACCGUCAACAUAAUGGGGGGCGGCGUGCAACUAAGCCAAGGUACCACAAAUGGUACCACAAAUAAUCAUCGUAGCAAUAGCAUAAAUAUGGCAUCACGUCGUCCCCAAAUACAAAUUUCACCAAUUGCCGAAUCGCCCAAACAUUUUCAAUAUUUAACAUUAACGGUGCGCAAAGAUGAAAAUGGUUAUGGUAUGAAGGUUUCUGGUGACAAUCCAGUUUUUGUUGAAAGCGUGAAACCAGGUGGAGCGGCGCAAAUUGCUGGUUUAGUUGCCGGCGACAUGAUCUUAAAGGUCAAUGGGCAAGAAGUGCGUUCCGAAAAGCAUCCAACAGUGGUCAGUUUAAUUAAAGCUUCCAAUAUUGUUGAAUUGGCUGUUAAGCGGAAUCUCAAAAUGGUGCGACCGACAUCUGUAGGCGUAGUACCAUCAACACCCAUACUCUCUGGCAGAGAUAGAACUGCAUCCAUUACUGGACCUCAACCAGUUGAUAGUAUUAAACGUCGUGAAAUGGAAACUUGUAAGAUACAAACAUUGCAAAAAAUGCUUGAGCAGGAAAAAUUGAAUUUAGAACGUCAUAAAGGCGAUACCAAUCAUCCAAGUUAUAAGUUAUCUGAGGCGAAUAUACGAAGAUUAAAAGAACAACUACGUCAAGUUGGUGCAGAGGAUGCACCAACAAUUAAAUAUCAACCAACUGUCAACAAUAAAAAUACUGCUAUGUUAACGCCAAAUCAAAUUCAUCAUCUGUCGGCGUCCUCACAACAUCAUCAUCAAACCAAUUUUCACCAUUUAAACUCCUCACAACAGCACCAUAAUCAAGCAACCACACCACAAACACAAUCCUCACCUGCAUUCCUAUCUCUCUUACCACGAUCGCUAUCUUCGCUAUCGUUGGGCACACGUAAAAAUAAAAUUGAUAAAGAUCUAAUAACUUCACCACUUAAUAAUACAACGGAUUUUCUACAUACUUCCACGACGGGUACUGGGUCACCACUUUUCAAUAUGACACAAUCUUUGCAUCAACCACAGUUGCAACAACAUCGCAAUUCUCAACAAUUGUUUUAUCAGCAACAACAAUUAGUACAACAACGCUUAAAGGAAACUCCAAAAUCUUCUAAUUCAAAGAGUAAAAAUAAAUUCGCUGCACAAGCUAAAAAUGCAAUACAAGAGGAUGUACCACCACCAUUACCUCAGCGAAAUCCUCCAAGACAACUACAAUUAGAUUUGACAUCUAAUAAUAAUAAUAACAAUAGUAGUAAUAGCGGUCUUAAUUAUACAAAUAAUAAUAAUCAAUUAUUUUCGCCAAUAUCGGAUUUGGAUCAUUCACAAAUAACAAGUCCACAACGUAAUUCACCUCAACCAACAUGUGCGACACCAACAUCGAGUGUUACAUCCUCAGUGCAAAAGAAACGUGGUAAAACUAAAACGAAAGCGCUCUCAGAUCCUAAAAUGUCCACACAAAUAUUUUUACAAAUGGAAACGGCCACUGGUUCGAAUCGUGGUCUAUUCGAUGGUAUGACAGCAACCGAAGUAGAUUGUAUACCACCACCACUACCACCGCGUCAGCCCGGUAUGAUGUUAGAAGAAUCAUCACAUAAAGGUAGUUUCCAAAAUUUAAAUAAUACAGGAGGGCCUUCAGCGCGACCACAACCAAAUAGCAUUGAAACCAUAUUAAAUUAUCCAUUAGUAUCCAGUUGUACCCCAAUACAUCGGGAUAAUAUGGCAGCGGCAUUUCCUCUUUCACAUCGUCCAAAUAUAAAACAACAAUUACACCAACAUCAACAGCAACAACAACAACAGCAGCAGCAGCAACAGCAACAAUUGCAAGGUGCUAUCAGUGCUUGUAUUACAAAUUCACCAAUAACAACAACAACAGCAGCAGCACUUGGUCAAACGCCACAUAAUCCACAGAAUCAUUUAAAUAAGCAUCGACGUGUUGUAUCAUCUCCAGAAAAUAUGCACCCAAGACAUCCUGAUCGCCUCAAUAAAACGACUUCUGGUUCAUGGGAACUCGUUGAAAAAGAUGGUGAAGUAACGCCACCAGGUACUCCGCCACCACCAUACUUAACAGCCCAAUCUCCAAAUACAAUUGGUAUGGAAGAUUCUAAUGAUCACUUAGGCUCGAGCGGUAUUUUUGUUGAGUCUCAUCAUUUUACACCGCUCUCCGGUGCUGCAUCGCCGCUGCCACAGACUGCUGCUACACAUUCCAGUCGCAUACAAGCGGCACAAACAAGUGCAACACAAAAAGAAAUCAUAUCAAUGGAGGAUGAAGAUGCUUCUGAUCAGGAGGGUCCAUUUAUAGAUGAGAAUGGUCCAUUCAAUUAUUUACAACGUUUGCUGGAAGCUGAAAAUGUUGCUUUCCUUGCUGUGUUUCUAAAUUAUGUGCUUUCCAAUUCUGAGCCAGCUCCAUUAUUAUUCUAUUUAAUAACUGGUCUUUAUAAAGAGGGAACAGCUAAAGAUAUGCGAAAAUGGGCUUAUGAAAUACAUUCAACGUUUUUAGUUCCACGCGCCCCUCUUGCCUGGUAUUUGCAAGAUGAAUCGCUGGCGCGUGAAGUUGAUAAUGUGUUGCAAAGUGAAUUUGAUAAAGUUGAGAUUCUACGUAAAGUCUUUUGGAAAAGUCGAAAGCGUGCACGCUAUAUUAUCUGUGACCAAUUGCGAGAAUUUCAACAGAAACGUACCGCAGGUUUGGGUACUAUUUAUGGGCCAACAGAUGCUCAAUUGGCAGAAGCAAAAGGUGAUAAACAACGUGAACAACACAUUUUUGAAGAAACUUUAAUGCGUCAAUUGCAGACAAAAAUUGAGGAGUAUGAAAAGGAUCUACCGAUUGAGGAUCCAAAGAAGUUAGCUUUAUGUUCUGCACUAUCGACUGUCAUACAUCGCAUUUUUAUAACUCGUUCACAUCCAAAUAGUAUUAUAGAUCGUGUGCAUCAUUUUGUGAGUCGUGAAAAAAGUUUUAAAUCUCGUCUUAUGGGCAAAAAUCGAAAAAUGAUGGUACGUGGUCAUCCAUUAGUAUUACGCCAAUACUACGAAGUGACGCACUGUAAUCAUUGUCAGACCAUUAUAUGGGGUGUUAGCCCACAAGGUUAUCAUUGUACAGACUGUAAAUUAAAUAUUCACCGUCCUUGUUCGAAAGUGUUAGACGAAAAUUGCCCUGGACCCUUACCGCAAGCCAAACAGAAAAAGGAACCACACAAUGAUAAUAAAAUCAGUAAAAUUAUGGGAAAAAUACGGCCAAGAACGUCGAGUGAUUUUAUUGCAAUGGAAAAACGUGCACGUCAGGAUGAAGACUUAGAAGUUACAGAUUUUUCAAAUGAAUUUCUUGACUAA